GUGUCUUAUAAAUCGUUUGUUUUAUAUUUGGAAACAGAUUAAAAGAAAACCGAAAGAAAGAAAUUUCUAAAACGCUGCAAAUAAAGAAAUUGCGGGAAUCUCUCUAUCAAGCACAAUCCGGAAUUGGAUUAAGUAACCCUAUUGUAAGCAAUCCUAUACCGACUAUAGUAAAUAACGAUAUGUACAUGGAAUCUGAGAAUAGCAUAUAUAAUGGUUCGAUAAGAAAUCCUAACCUUCUACAUCCAUUGUCACAAUCCAAAGCGAAUUAUGAGGGAAGACUAUCGACUAGAUCAAAAGAUUCUGAUAGGAAAGGAUUUGAUGAAACUUAUGAACGAAUUACAGAUUACAACACGUCACAACCAUUGAGCCCAUCAAUGUUACAGACUAGAGCAAUGGUCCAUGAAAAGUAUGAUUAUAGUAUGAGAGAGCCUGACACAGUGCUAGCUGCUAGUAGAGCUGAUUCAGAGUUUAUUUUGAGGAAACGUGAAGAUAUCAAUUCAGAUGUAGGAAGAAGUAACGUAAAUGAAUUAAGAGAGUUUUCAGCUACGGAAUUUAUGCUAGAUAGGCAAAGAGAACGAUCUUCCCAGCGUUCUGAUCUAAGAUACAUCACCAAUAACAACAAUAACACCCAUUCACUGCAGAAUGGUGGAAGGUUCCUGACAGUCGGAGAACGUCCGGAAGAUGAAUACCCAGUCCCUGAUUACGACAAAAAUGAACAACGAGAUAUGCCUAAAAAAACCGAAUAUAACACAAAAGGUUACGACUUGGAUUUACUAGAAAUUAAGAGAAACUUUUCUCCAGAAGAUCUUGAACAAUCGUAUAAAGGCAAUUGGUAUGAUACAUAUUCCAAGCAAGUCCAAUUUAAUUCAAAUCCUGAAAAUAUAGCAAUUUCAAAUGUGUCUCUCCGCUCAUAGUAUUGCAAGAAUCUAGUCACCACAAAGCAUUUAAAUCAGCUUUCUUGUGAAGAAAAUGCAAAAGAAAGAAAACUAUUUUAAAAUGCAAGUGCUCAUACGAGCUUUCACGAGAAGAUAAAACAUACGCAAAAUUAAUAAUCACUCAUCAAACUCAUGUAUUUUGGGUUCCUAUCUAAUUUUCAAUCUAUACAUCUCGGUUACGCUUUAUAUAGGCAUAUGUAGUUAUAUUAUACAUGUAUUUAUAUAUAUAUAUAUAUAUACAUGUGCAUAGAUAUGCAUAUAUACAAAUACACACACACACACACACACACACACAUAUAUAUAUAUAUAUAUAUAUAUAUAUACAUACACAUAUAGAAACACACAUACAUAUGGGACUGAUGAUACAAAAAAGAGAAAUAAAACUCAACUGAGUGAGUCGCAUGCAUGAAAUUCUAUGCCCUUAAAUCAGUUAUGUAACUUUACAACUAAUUAAGAAAUACGAACACACGUUAUAUGAAAUGAUAGAUAAAUGGAAUGACAAUCUCUAUUUGAAAACAAUAUAACUAGAAUUGUUUAUCUAAACAAUCAGCCAAAUAGGCGCAUGUUAUACCUUGCAUGAAUGAUGAUUAUUACAUCACAUAUAACUUAUGCACUAAAAGUGUUAAAAUGUGUCGCAAAAUAUUGUAGUAUUUCAAAUAAUGAAAGUUGUCAUUCCAUUUUUUCUCAUUUAUCAAUAUACUCUCUACGGGUACUAUUGGCUUUCUAAUGUAAAUCGAUUAGCUGGAGUUUUUCCAAUGUAUGAUCAUGUAUCGUAGCCAUUAACUGUGGACUAGCUUAGACGCGCUUUCCAUAAGGAUUCGACAAGGUUUUUAACCCGAAUAUUAUAUGAAUCUUACACACACACACACACACACACACACACACACAUACAUGGUCAAUAGUUGACAUGAUCUGGAAAAAAACCAGUCACUCUGCGUGCCCCCUCCCUCUCCCUCUCUGUAUAUAUAUAUAUAUAUAUAUAUAUAUAUAU